GCGUCAUCAAUUCAAACUGCUAUCGAAAGCGGAGUGGAGGUUGUGGAGAGUCAGAUCGCUGGCUGCACGGAGACCGGAGCUACAGACUGUACAGCACGGCCUUUUUAUAUUUCGUAUGAGCACAAAGCCUUGAUUUGUGAACAUGUGGACGGCUAUAGGGAAACUGCUGCUUCUACAUGGGCUAUUCGUGGGGUUUCUGGUGGUGAACGGAACUAAUCUGGACUGUGAAAGCGGUCAGUUUCAGUGUAGGAACGGCAGGUGUAUCCCGACUCCUUGGAGAUGUGAUGAUGAUGAUGACUGCUCAGACAACAGCGAUGAGGAGAACUGCCCAAAGAAGACCUGUGCCACAACUGACUUUGCAUGUAAGAACGGCCAGUGUGUCCCAGGCCGAUGGAGGUGUGAUGGAGAGCCAGAGUGUCCAGACGGUUCGGAUGAAGCAGACUCCGCCUGCAGUCGCCAGACGUGUCCGCCAGAGAAGUUUGACUGUGGCGGCUCAACCAGCAAGUGUGUGUCUUUGUCAUGGCGCUGCGAUGGAGAAAGAGACUGUGAAAAUGGAGCAGACGAGGAGCAGUGUGCCGCAGAUGCCAAGGCUUGUCCUGCGAAAGAGUUCCAGUGUCGCAACCGUAUGUGUGUGGCUCCAACAUUCGUAUGUGAUGGUGAUGAUGACUGCGGGGACCGCAGUGAUGAGGAGAAGUGCACCGCCGCUACCGCCAGCACCUGCGGCCCACAUGAGUUUCGCUGCAACGACUCCGAAUGCAUCCCAACACCGUGGAGCUGCGACGGAGACCCCGACUGCAGAGACAAGUCUGACGAGUCUUUGGAGCGGUGCAGCCGCAGGACAGAGCCGCAGAAACCUCACUGCUCCAUGGGAGAGUUUCGCUGCCGGAGCGGAGAGUGCAUUCAUCUCAACUGGAAAUGUGAUGGAGAUCCAGACUGCAAGGACAAGUCGGAUGAAGCAAACUGUCCUGUGUUGACCUGCCGUCCUGAUCAGUUCCAGUGUGGCGACGGCUCCUGCAUUCACGGCACUAAACAGUGUAACAAAGUGCACGACUGUCCAGAUUUCAGCGACGAGGCCGGCUGCGUCAACAGAACCAACAAAUGUGAAGGGCCGCUGAAGUUCAUGUGUAAGAGUGGGGAGUGUAUCGAUAGCAGCAAAGUGUGUGACACUAUCAGGGACUGCAAAGACUGGUCUGAUGAGCCUGUGAAGGAGUGCGGACUGAAUGAAUGUGCCAUAAACAAUGGCGGCUGCUCUCACAUAUGUAAAGACCGGCAGAUCGGCUUCGAGUGUCAAUGCCCCUCGGGCUACAAGCUCCUGGACAAGAAGACUUGUGGAGACAUAGACGAAUGCGAGAACCCAGAGGCCUGCAGUCAAAUAUGUAUCAACCUCAAAGGCGACUACAAAUGCGAGUGUUACGAAGGCUACGAGAUGGACCCAGUUACCAAGACGUGUAAAGCAGUGGGUAAGAGCCCAUACCUCAUGUUUACUAACCGCCAUGAAAUCCGCCGCAUUGAUCUGUUGAAGAAGGACUACACACAAGUGGUGCCGACCCUGAAGAAUGCUGUGGCCCUGGAUGUGGAUGUUACCACCAACAAGAUGUACUGGUGUGACCUUUAUCAUCGCAAGAUCUUCAGCGCAUACAUCAACAAAGCCAACAACUCAUCAGAGCAGAUCACUCUCAUAGACACCGCACUACAUUCCCCAGAAGGCUUAGCGAUGGACUGGGUUCAUAAGAACAUCUACUGGACGGACUCUGGACACAAAACCAUCUCUGUUGCUAAUGUCGAUGGCAAGAAGAGGAAGGUGUUGAUUGAUACCGAGCUCGGAGAACCACGUGCUAUUGCUGUAGACCCACGACAAGGGUUCAUGUACUGGUCAGAUUGGGGAGCGCAGGCCAAGAUUGAGAAAGCCGGGAUGAAUGGAGUGGAUCGGCAAGUUCUGGUUUCAGAGAGAAUCGAAUGGCCCAAUGGGAUUGCACUUGAUCUGUCAAGCAGUCGACUCUAUUGGGUGGAUUCAAAGCUGCAUCUGAUCUCCAGCGUGGACCUGAAUGGAGACAACCGAAGAAUUUUGCUGUCUUCCAUGGAUCAACUGGGACAUCCCUUCGCUCUUACUCUUUUCGAGGACCGGGUUUACUGGACAGACUUGGAAUAUGAGGCCAUCUACAGUGUAAACCGCCUGACAGGAAAUGAUGUGGUGAUGCUGGCUCAACAUCUCAACAACCCAUUGGACGUGGUGGUGUUUCAUGAGCUCCGGCAGCCUAAAGUUCCAGACACAUGCAACAUGGGGAAUUUGCCCAACGGAGGCUGUGAGUAUCUGUGCCUCAGAGCUCCUCAAAUCACAGAACACUCACCCAAAUACACCUGUGCCUGCCCCGACAGCAUGGAACUGGGCCCGGACAUGCGCCGCUGUGUGUCAGUGAAACCCAAAACAACAGCUGCUCCAGAUCCAGCUGCAUCCACAGCUUCAGCAGCAGAACCCUCCACUACUGCGACUCCUACAACCUCCACCCCAGUUACAUCAGCCAAUACACCUACAACCACCAGUAGACUCUUUACAACUACAGCACCAAUUACAACCAGCAGCAGCAGCUUCAGCACAUCCACCCACUCCAGCACGCAUCGCUCCACCAGCACACACUCCACAUCCACUUCAAGCACAGCGAGCUCUCAGCCCAGCACCACUGCACACUGGAAACAGCCCACCUCCACCGAGACGACCACAGAUCACAGGCACACAUCUACAACCAUUACACAUGUCAACAGCAUACAAGGAGCCAAUGCCAACCUCUCUCAUCGCGCUGGAAGUGGAAAUGACCACUUCCUCCUUGGUAGCAAUAUAACAGUUGCAGUUCUGGGUAUAGUCAUUCCAAUAGUGGUCAUCGGCCUGAUGUGUACCGGAGGUUACCUGGUGUGGCGCAACUGGAGGAGACGAAACACCAAGAGCAUGAACUUCGACAACCCAGUUUACCGCAAGACUACAGAGGACGACGAUGACGAAAUCCACAUCGGCCGCAGCGAGCAGAUCGGACACGUCUACCCUCCACGCGUGGCGCUCAGUCCGGACGAUGAUGGAUUCCCCUGAGGGCGACUCUCGCUCUCUCUCCUUCUCCAUCCCCGAAUCCAUGCGUCCUUUAGUCCUCCAUCUCUCCUUCCAUCGAGGAGAUUGCACCACACAGCAAGGUGCAGAGCCAAAAGGACACAAGAGCACACGCUCUCCACAGCCGAGAGCUACAAACUGGGUUUGUCUUCUUGUAGUGUUUUUUCAGCCCUCAGUCGGGCAAUAAUCACUAGUACUACUAGCAUCAUUCCUGCUCUGUGUCAGUAGAAGUAGACUAUGCUGUUUAAUGAUGACUAACCCCAUAGCUCAUCAUGUCAGUAGUCUCUAACACUCAGUGGCUCUCCUGCUGCACUCGUGCUGUAGUAGUUUUAUUUCAUUACAAUUAGUUUUACUUCUGAUUCGAGCUGACCUGUGGCCAUUUUGUGUGGGCAGAAUUGUGGGCUCUCCACCCAGUGCACAAAUAAGUGAAUAUUUGAAAUAGGAUUGAGGUGGGAUGAGGAUUACUUAUAUUUGCAGACAUUUAAAACACAAAUUCUGUGGCUAUUAUGCAUCUUGUUAACAAAUGAUAUCACUAAGUAAGAAAGUCUUAAUCCACAAUUUCCUGUCCUCCUAAUACCUCAGAUGCCAAGACUCCAGUUCCUUCAUGUCUUCCAUAGUCUCACAUUAUUUGGCCCUUCUGAAAGGUCUGCAGCCACUAUCUGGGGAUGAAUAGUUUCACCUCCCAGCUUUGAUGGGCAAUAUAUAUUUCCAUAUUUAUUUAUUUCACCAGCACUGGGUCUUCCAUUUUCUGAAGUUUCAAGGACCAACUAAAAAAAAAUCUUCCUGCUGAGGCACAUUUAUAUCCCCAAGUUUAGCUCAGGACAUAGUUUUUUUUUUUUUUACUAAAAUAUGAUCAGUUAUCGCUACAAUCUGUGUGGUUUGUUAUCAACCACACUAAUAGAUACGGUUGUCAGGGUUUGAUAAUGGCUAAAAUGCUGUUUGUUCAUAUCUACUGUCUAGAUCGCUUUCUCUCAGACACGCAAACACACACGCACACACACACAUACAAAUACAAAAUGUCUGUCCCUACAGUGCAUUCGACAUGCCACUGGUAAAACUCUUUAGCAUUUAGCAUGCUGACAACAAGACACCGUCUGCCAUAUCGGGUGGCUUAAUGGUGUGAUGGAUUAGAGUCAUAGAUCAAAGCUUUGCUCUUCUGAACAGUCAUCUGUUCAACACUUGGCACAGGAAAUGAGGAGUGCCUGAAUAUAGGCUUCCUGUACAUAUCAGCUAUCCAACUCUCUACACGUGAUGAAUAAGUGCUUGGCUAUUUCUGUCUCCCUGUCAGUGGGACACUUAAUGACCAAAAAA